UCCGGUAUUGCCUAUCACUGGUAUGGCAACACAUGGAUGGGUGGAUUUCCCGAUGGAUUCCUGUCGGAAAUACAGCACAACAACACCGAUAUGUUUCUACUGAACACCGAGGCCUGUCAUCUCGAUGGAACGGUAUUAGGGCAGUGGAGUGCCGGUGAACAAUAUGCCUUCGAUAUAAUUAGGGCACUGAAUAAUUAUGUUAGGGGUUGGGUUGAGUGGAAUAUGGCGCUCGACAUGAAUGGGGGACCGAAGUGGAACGAUCACCGGGGGUUCGGGGGUGCCGUCCACAUAGACCCGGCUAAGGGGGAGGCCUACAAACAGCCCUCGUUUUACAUGAUCGGACACUUCAGCAAAUUUAUUCCCCCGGAAUCGGUACGAAUCGGACACACAGUCGACAAAUCGGUGCCGAGUUUUACGGUACUCACAGUCCAGAGACCCGACAAUCAGACGGUUUUGGUGGCACUCAAUACACGCGCCGACGAUAUUGUGCUCACUAUCCAAGAAUCCAGUCUCGGCGCCCGACGGGAAUGUAUCGUAAGAAAAGUGGAAAACGCGGACACAGUCUGUGUCUGUAACCAAACAUAUUGUGAUGACUUCCCGGCCCUCAAGCGCCCAAAGAGUGGUUUCCUAACGGUUUAUGAGAGCAAUAAAGCCGGAGAAAGGUUUAAGGAAACGGAACUCCAGUUCGGCUCAACCAUCGACUCAACGGCCGACCAAACGGUUGUCGUGACUAUAGAUAAGACACAGAAAUAUCAGACAAUCUUUGGAUUUGGCGGCGCUUUCACUGAUACCACGGGACAGAUGCUGAAGACAGUCAACCAAUCGUUGGCUGAUCUGCUGAUUGAUAGCUACUUCUCGGACAAUGGCAUCGAGUACUCAAUGGCCAGAAUACCGAUGGCCGGCACCGACUACUCGGACAGAGCCUACUCUUACGAUGACGUCGACGGGGAUCUGGAGCUCAAACACUUUGCCCUUCAAAAGGAGGACUUGGAGUGGAAAAUCCCAUACAUUCAAAGAGCACUGAAAGUAAGUCCGCAUAAAAUAAAACUCUUCGGCAGCCCCUGGAGUCCCCCCUCUUGGAUGAAGACUAACCACAAGUUUAGUAAUAGUGGAGAAUUGAGGGGCACUGUCGGCGGGGAGUACUACCAGUCGUGGGCCAACUAUUUCGUGAAAUUUCUAGACGCAUACAAGUCACAUGACAUAAACCUAUGGGGGCUUACAGUCGAGAAUGAGCCCAUCGAGGGCCAGGACCCGAACUACGGCUUCAACUGCCUGAACCUAACCGGCCCUACGGAACGGGAUUUCGUGAAACUCAAUUUGGGUCCGACCCUCGCGAAGGCCGGGUAUGGCAAAGACAAACUCAAUCUAAUGGUAUUCGACGAGAAUCUCCCCGGUUUUCAGAAGUUCGUACCGCCUAUACUAGCGGACAGGGAGGCAGCGAAAUACGUGUCGGGCAUCGCCUAUCACUGGUAUGGCAACCAAGGGAUGGGUGGUUAUCCCGAUGGAUUCCUAUCGGAAAUACAGCACAACUACACCGAUAUGUUUCUACUGAACACCGAGGCCUGUCAUCUCGAGGGAGCAGUAUUAGGGCAGUGGAGUGCCGGCGAAAAAUACGCCUUCGAUAUCAUUAGGAAUAUUCUCGACUCUCAUUCGUGUCAUACGUGGGCCAACUAUUUCGUGAAAUUUCUGGACGCAUACAAAUCGCAUGACAUAAACCUAUGGGGGCUUACAGUCGAGAAUGAGCCGGUAGGGGGACAAAACCCUAAGCACCCAUUCAACAGCCUGAACCUAACCGGCCCUACGGAACGGGAUUUCGUGAAACUCAAUUUGGGUCCGACCCUCGCGAAGGCCGGGUAUGGCAAAGACAAACUCAAUCUAAUGGUAUUCGACGAUAAUCUCACCGGUUUCCAGAAGUUCGUACCGCCUAUACUAGCGGACAGGGAGGCAGCGAAAUACGUGUCGGGUAUCGCCUAUCACUGGUAUUUCAACCAAGUGAUGGGCGGUUAUCCCGAUGGAUUCCUAUCGGAAAUACAGCACAACUACACCGAUAUGUUUCUACUGAACACCGAGGCCUGUCAUAUCGAGGGAGCGGUAUUAGGGCAGUGGAGUGCCGGCGAAAAAUACGCCUUCGAUAUCAUUAGGGCUCUGAAUAAUUCCGUUAGGGGUUGGGUUGAGUGGAAUAUGGCGCUGGACAUGAAUGGUGGACCAAGGUGGAACGAUCCGAAAUGGGGGUUCGGGGGUACCGUCAAUAUAGACCCGGCUGAGGGAGAAGCCUACAAACAGCCCUCGUUUUACGCGAUCGGACACUUCAGCAAAUUUAUUCCCCCGGAAUCGGUACGAAUCGGACACUCAGUCGACAAAUCGGUUCCGAGUUUUACGGUCCUCACAGUCCAGAGACCCGACAAUCAGACGGUUUUGGUGGCACUCAAUGCCCGCGCCGACGAUAUUGUGCUCAAGGACACACAGUCGACAAAUCUGUGCCGAGUUUUACGGUCCUCACAGUCCAGAGACCCGACAAUCAGACGGUUUUGGUGGCACUCAAUGCCCGCGCCGACGAUAUUGUGCUCACUAUCCAAGAGUCCACUCGUAAGGAAUAUACGCCACGACCUGGAGCGUGACCAUGUCGGCGCCCGACGGAAAUGUAUUGUAAGGAAAGUGGAAAACGCGGACACAGUCUGUGUCUGUAACCAAACAUAUUGUGAUGACUUCCCGGCCCUCAAGCGUCCAAAGAGUGGUUUCCUAACGGUUUAUGAGAGCAAUAAAGCCGGCGAUAGGUUUAAGGAAACGGAACUCCAGUUCGGCUCAACCAUCGACUCAACGGCCGACCAAACGGUUGUCAUGCUGAAGACAGUCAACGAAUCGUUGGCUGAUCUGCUAAUUGAUAGCUACUUCUCGGACAAUGGCAUCGAGUACUCAAUGGUCAGAAUACUGAUCGCUGGCACCGACUACUCGGACAGAGCCUACUCUUACGAUGACGUCGACGGGGAUCUGGAGCUCAAACACUUUGCCCUUCAAAAGGAGGACUUGGAGUGGAAAAUCCAAUACAUUCAAAGAGCGCUGAAAGUAAGUCCGCAUAAUAUAAAACUCUUCGGCAGUCCCUUUAGUCCCCCCUCUUGGAUGAAGACUAACCACAAGUUCAGUAAUAGCGAGGAAUUGAGGGGCACUGUCGGCGGCGAGUACUACCAGUCGUGGGCCAACUAUUUCGUGAAGUAA